AUGUAUAAUUAUCCCAUGCUGGCAGUAUUCAUAGACCAUGACUCUCUAUCCAACAGAUCCCACCUGAAUAGAUCAGAGAUGGCCCAGAAAAGCCGCCUACCUGCCCCUUAUGGAGUACCUGUCCUUGCAGUUUUACUUUUGCCGUGUCUAGUCACAGGUGUGGAGCUGGCUAUAAACAAUAGUUCUGAUAACCAAAUACUAUCCACAAAGCCCGGCCGUGAUGAGUCCCUGUGGUGCAGUGUACGUAACAACAGCAGGGCGGAGGAAUUACGCUGGUACCGAGGAGACGGGACUGUGAACUUGAAAGAUGGAAAUAAAAUGAAUACCACUAACAUCUGCAUACUUCCAGUCUCUAAGACCGACAAUGGAGUCAGCUUUACCUGCAAGCUGGUGCGGAACGAGUCCAUUCAGAUCUCGGUGACUCUGGACGUCCAGUUUCCCCCUCUCCUAACUGGGGAAGACCCUCCUCCAGUAGAAGAAAAGAAUGAUGUGAAGCUGACUUGCAAUGUGAAUUCCAACCCUCAAGCUGAAAUGGUUUGGUAUAAAGACAACAGCACCCUGACCCUGAAGAAAGAUCGCUAUCAGAUAUACCAUACUAGUGAGGUCUUCCAGCUGACUAUCCAGAAAGUAGAAAAAUCUGACAAUGGAACAUACACCUGUGAGGCUAAAUCUGUUCUGGGAGAGAUGAGAAAGGAGUUCCACCUGACAGUUGAAGAUAGAAAACCGGUUUUUCCCUUGGAGGCCAUUAUUGCUGCCAUCGUGGUGGUUUUACUCACUGUAAUUUUUGGAAUUGUGGCUCGAAGAGAAAAAAUAUUUAAGUGCUUCAAAAAGACAAAAGAAACACCAAGUGAAACAGCUCUGUGAAGAAAUCCUGAGGUUACUGUGUGCGCCUAAGAAGCACCAUCUGUAGCAGGACAUAUGCCCUUGUGUUAAGGGAUGGGAUUAGCC